GGGCCAGCGUGACGGUCGCCAUCUUGCCUUUCCCCCUCCCAUCCCCGUGGUGCGCAAGCCCCCCAAGCCGUUUCGGACGACGCUGGACUUGUAGCUGCCUCGCACACCGCCUGCGUGCCAGAGUCGCUGACGGACUUGUUCUUUCAGCGCUACAGCACAGGCGGCCUUCUCACGCAACCUUCCCAUCAAUUUCCGACUUCUCCUUCCCUCGUUCCCCCUUGCUCGUUGCGCGAACGAGUUUCCAUCUUUCAUCUCAUAAAACUUAGGGAUCAUGGCGCAGUCACCGCAGAGCGAUAUCCAGGAGAGGAUCGCGGCAGCCCGCCGCGAGGCUGAAAGCUUGAGGGAGAAGAUCAGGGCAAGAAGAGAGUCUUCCGCUGACACCAGCCUGCGAGCGAUGGCUGCGGAGGUGCCUGCCUUGCCCCGCAUCGUCAUGCGCCCUCGUCGCGCCCUACGGGGUCACUUGGCCAAAAUCUAUGCUAUGCACUGGGCUACUGAUCGUCGACACCUCGUUUCUGCGUCCCAGGAUGGAAAGCUGAUCGUGUGGGACGCGUAUACCACAAACAAGGUCCAUGCGAUUCCCCUCAGGUCCAGCUGGGUCAUGACGUGUGCCUACUCUCCAUCUGGCAACUAUGUCGCGUGUGGUGGCCUCGACAACAUCUGUUCGAUCUACAACCUGCAUUCCAAGGAGGGCAACAAUGUGAAGGGCGCUCGCGAACUAAGCGCGCACUCUGGAUACCUCAGCUGCUGCCGCUUCCUCAACGAUCGCCAGAUCGUGACGAGCUCGGGAGAUAUGACCUGCAUGUUGUGGGACAUCGAAGCCGGUGUACGUGUCGUGGAGUUCAGCGACCAUACGGGUGAUGUUAUGAGUCUGUCCCUCGGUCCCAACCAGAACGUUUUCGUGUCUGGCGCGUGUGAUGCUACCGCGAAGCUUUGGGACAUCCGAAGCGGUAAGGCCACCCAGACUUUCACUGGGCACGAGUCGGACAUCAAUGCCGUAAACUUCUUCCCCAAUGGCGAUGCCUUUGCCACUGGUUCAGAUGACGCCUCGUGCCGUCUGUUCGACAUUCGUGCUGACCGCGAGCUCAAUUCAUUCACGCACGACAACAUCCUUUGUGGUAUCACAUCCGUCGCCUUCUCUAUCUCCGGACGAAUCCUCUUCGGCGGGUACGAUGAUUGGACCUGCAACGUCUGGGAUACGCUCAAGGGUGAACGCGUGGGUGUCUUGACCGGACACGAGAACCGCGUCAGCUGCUUGGGGGUCAGUGCAGAUGGCAUGGCACUUUGCACUGGUAGCUGGGACAGCACUCUCAGGGUUUGGGCAUGAUACCGUUUCUCGCCCACAUGCAUCCCGCCGUCUCUACUGCUGAUACCAUGACUUCGCGUUUCUGGAUCGGUGUCUGCGCAGAUUCAUCGAUAUCCGUUUUCUUAUAUGGGUCAAGUUGUGCCUCACUUGCGCCUCGCAUCGAGAACGCCACGAGUCUGUCCUUACGUGCUGUAUCCUCGCUGUUCGCCAGUUUCACCCGGAGUGUUUAUAUUUCUUGUGGCAUUCACUUAUUACCUCAUACUCGCCGUUCCUCUGUGUCCCUUGCUCGUCUCAUAAGCCACCUGCUUCCCUAUCCUUACAGCCGCAUCGCGAAUGACAAUACAGAAUUUAUGCUUAA